CCUCCUCACACCCACACACACCAUGCACCUCCUCGGCCACUACCUCCCAGAACACAACCUGAUCCGGAUCGCCCUGCGCGCGUUCUACGGCAUCAGCUACGCGACGUCGUCCCGCCUCCUCGCACGGCUGAGCAUCCCGAACGACGCCAAGGUGUCCUCCUUGACAGAGCAGCAGAUCACCGCGCUGUCAGCGUACCUGUCUGCUCCGGCCGCGUCGACGCCGCCCAGCCGCAUCGUGCUCGCGGCGCCAGGCAAGGCGCCAGACGCCAAGGCUGCCGCGGCAGCCGCCGCAGAGGGCCCCCUCGACGACCCGCUCAACAGCAUCAAGAUCGAGGUCGACCUCCGCCGCCAGCGCCAGGCAGACAUCAUGCACCACCGCCAUAUCGGCACCUACCGCGGCCGUCGCCACGCCAUGGGCCUGCCUGUCCGCGGCCAGAACACGCAGACGAACGCGCGUACCGCGCGCAGGUUGAACCGCGCGCCGUCGUCCAAGUUUAGCACUUUCUCCCAGGUCGAGUUCGAGGCACCCGUGCCCCAGCCCCCGAGCCAGAUCUUGAGGAUGCUCGGUAUGCAGUAGAGAGGGAUUGGCGUUUGGCAGGC